UUUGACAGUUGAAUUAAAGAAAUUAAUUUAUAUUACAAUUAUCAAUUUUAUUUUAGAAAAUGAAAUGUACAGUAGAAGAAGAACCAAGAACCUGCGCAUUUGAACAAAAAUCCACUUACUUAAAUGAUUUUCGUCAGUGUGUUCCAGAUAAACGUGAAAGGUAUACCUGGCCAAAAGAACGUUGUCCUUCUCCUCCUGUAAUUCGUGUACAUAAGGACUUUCGACCAACUCACGUUUAUAAAGAUUCUCAAACUUUAUGUCACUGGAAAGAAAAUGCAAAAGUACCUUUUUAUUUAUACUGGAAGCCUAAAGAUAGUGUCAAUUCUGAUCCAACAAAAAUUGUAGAAAUUCCCUCAAAACAGAAAGAAGAAUUUGAGGAAAGAGAAAAAAAUGAACUCGAAAAUGCCAUUAAAACGCGUCCGCGUAGAUAUGUAAGUCCUGCUGUUAGUAUGGAUGAUAUAGAAGACCCUAAAAUAAGACAAACCUUGGUUGAUUUUACAUAUAUAACAGACUGGGAAAAAAGUUGCCGGGAGUCCGCUCUUCCCUCAACGGUUGUCAAUAUUAUUCCAGAUGUCUCACAUUAUCUCGACCGAAGGACUGAUUUAGAAGUGAAAACGUUGCCUACUAUUCCAACCCACUUGCGUAAAAUUUCAAAGGAAUGGCACACGAAGCAAACCCGAGCAUGUAUAGAUCCUUCGGCGGUCUUCUGGAACUAUCAGAGUCCGCAACCUCCUGUGGCCAAUUUAAUUGAAGCUUUGGUACCUGAAGAAACUCGAGAUGAGAUAAAACAGUUAAUAAGUACGGAAAAUAUAAGAAAAGAACAUGAUCGCCUAUCACCUACAUUUGCUGGACAUAAGCCUUUAAUGAAUCCAGGAUUACCUUUAAAAUCAAAUGAUUUUCCCAUAGAACAUCCAAUGGUAUCCGUAACACAAACAAACACUAUUCGAUACAGAAAUGAGAAAAGGUGUCUGUGACGCUAAAAAUGUUCUGGAUCUCAUCGCUACAUGGUCAAAUACAUGAAAUUAAAUUAAAAGUAAAAAAACUAUGUUCAAUGAAUAUUUAAAAUUCAAAUAAUAUAUUUGUAUAUAUUGAUAGAUAUUUGAAAACAUCUACUCCCUUAAAUAAUACGAGAAUGAUCAAAUAGUACUACAUAGUGCAUUAGUAUUAGUGUAUUGUAACUGAAAAUAUAUUCAAAUGUACUUAUUUUUUUUGGCAUUUAUUUACACAUAAAGCAAAGAACACGUAUUAUGUUAUACUAGGUUAUUGCGAUAGCAGUGGGGAUAUUGCGAUUGCUACAAAAAGGGAGCAAAAGUAAUUAC